AGAUGGUCGCCCUGCUCGGCAAGGAGCAGACCACGGACGACGUGAAGAAGGCCUACUGCGAGAAGGAGAUUGACACCGCCGAGGACGAGAAGAAGCAGUUGGACAUCAACAUCGCAGACCUCGGGAAGGCCAUCGCGACCGCCAAGGAGUCCGUCGCCACGCUCGCCGAGGAGAUCGCCGCGCUCCUCAAGGGCAUCAAGGACCUGGACGCCUCCGUCAAGGAGGCCACGGAGACACGGCAGGAGGAGAACGCCCUCUACAAGAAGACCAUGCAGGAGGACACCGCCGCGAAGGACAUCCUCUCGAUGGCCAAGAACCGCCUCUCGAAGUUCUACGCGCCGAAAAUGUAUCCAGCAUGCCUUGCGGCGCACACGCCAUACUCGGAGAAUGCUUUUGCUCGACCUCCACGCGGGGAGAUGGUGCAGUGGCUCCGGACGAGUGGCGGAGAUCUGUGGCCCUGCAUGCGGUGGUUUUCGAGCGGGGCAGGUUACUCGGAGCCCCUUUCCGAAGCUCCCCCAGACGCCACUAUACUGGACAUCGCGU